AGGCGGGCGGGGGACGGUGCUGUCUGUGUUCCCCGAACAUAUGGCUUUCCGCCAUAAAACUGUAUUCGAUGUCGCGACAACCCCCGCCCCGGACUGUUAAUUUAGUACGGUGUGGCUGGCCAUGAGUUGCGGAAAAAAUACCAAGCCCCGAUGAACUCUGCGAACUCGAGUCUACUCCGUAGUUGAUGUCUCUUUAAGCUGGAAUCGGAUGGCUCAUAAGGAAAUGGAGAGUUUCUUCAGGCUUUGUCAAGCCAUGGCUUACAGACCACUAUGACAACUAAAACUGAUGGCAAUGAUGGCAAGGCUGAACACCUAGAGUAUAUUGCCUUUGCAUUGGUUCCUGUUUUCUUCAUCAUGGGUCUCUUGGGGAUCCUCAUCUGUCAUGUCCUUAAGAAAAAAGGAUAUCGUUGUACAACAGAGGCUGAACCAGUAGAAGAAGAAAAUCUUGAUGAAAAAAUAGAAAUGAAUGAAACCGUACAUGAGAAUAGUGACACUGUGGGACAAAUUGUUAACUACAUUAUGAAAAAUGAAGCAAAUGCUGAUGUGUUAGAGGCCAUGGUAGCAGAUAGCGGUGUCUUUGAACCUGAAAGCCCUUUAUCUCCUACCUCUCCUGAGAGUCCUGGGUCCCCUUUGUCACCUGGUGCUAUUCCAUUUAAGCACAACUGCAAAGGCCAUCACUUCCACACUGUUGGAGGAGUAGUAGAAAAGGAUGUUUGUAAUCGUUGUAGCCACAAACGAUGGCACCUUAUAAAGCCCGCUCACAAAUCUAAAGAGCACAGAAGAAGUCGUCUUGGGGAAGUUACAGUCCUUUCUGUGGGAAGAUUUAGAGUCACAAAAGUGGAGCACAAAUCGAAUUCCAAAGAACGGAAAAGCAUGUUAUCUGUUACUGGGGUGGAGAGUGUCAAUGGCGAUACGCCUGCCAGCGAAGCACCUGCCACACCUGUGAAACAGGAGAUGCAAGAGAGAAAAAGCUCGGAGUAAACUGCAGGUAGAACUUUCAGAAGAAGCUUGUCUGCUAGCACUUUGGAGGAACUGAAAACUCCCAAGAGAUGCACACUAUUUAAGGAAAUGUAUUUAUGGCACUGUAGCAUUUUACAAGUUACGUGAUGGCAUCCAUACAAAGUUAAACACUUAAUGGUUUUUCACCAGUAAAAUCAAUAAGAUGUAGACACUUAAAUGCUGUUGAGCUGCGUGGACCUCAUACCAAAUGUUGGGCUUCAACUUGGAAAGAGAAAAUAUGUAGAAGUUUUUUGGACAGAAAAGGUAAAAGCCUUAUUGAAUAAUAAGUUUUUUGUACUUAGACAAGCAUUUUUAAUGAGCUCAAUAUUACGAGUGAAGUGAUUACCAUGUGGAUAAACUGUGUUCACCCCUCUCAUCCAUCUGGAUUUUUCACCUCUGUUCUUCCCCUCCAGCACUGACAAGGGUUUGCUGAAGAUAAAAGCUGACCUUUGGAAGCUGAAAAUAUUAUUUUAAUCUAAUGCCUAGUAGCCAAGUAAAAUAUACAAGGAAAUAAUUAUGUCAGCCAAAAUCUGCAUGUGUGCCUUGAGUAAAUAAGCCCUUGGGCUCUGUGAAUGGUACGUCACAGUAUGGAGUGGCACAGCGAUGUGCAGAUGUUAAAUUGUUGUCUUCCUUUCCUCUUACUACUUUGAACAGGCUGAAAAGCAUCUUUUUCUGUGGAGCUGGGUGAGCUCUUGGGAAGGUUAUACUUUCCUCAAGGUCAUUUUUUUUUCUGUUUUCUUGUAACUAUUCACUCAUAUUUGAAAAAUGCAUCAUAGUUUUGCCUUUCUUUUUUGUUUUUACCCACAAGUACCUUAUUAAGCUAAGACAACGUAUUUCAACUGUUAGAUAAGGAUAUGGAAUAUUUGGUGUUAAAAAUUUAUGGAGUAUAUUCUGAAGUACUUCAGAGUGCCUUAUUGGACUGAGGGUAUCUGUUUUCAUUGGCACCAAAAUCUUAAGCCAGUUUUACUCUCUUGGUAAUUUAAGUGUGACUUAAUGCUGAAAAUGCCAGUAAUGUUUUUGUCACGUUAAUUCUUUGUGUCUACUUGUCACGAUCUCUGCUUUCUCCUGUUACUUGUUUUUGGGAGGGAAGUCUUUGCAAUACUUCAGCAAACUUUGCUGUGUGAUAGACACUGAAAAUAACAUUUGUUCUGAGUGCCUAAGAAUAUAAGCUCUAACUUAAUGCAUUUUAGUAGAGAUUGCACUAUAUUCUGAGAACUAUAAAGCAACUUAAUCUGCAUUUUGAACUCAAAUGAAAAUCAGUGUUUGUUUUGAAAUGGAUUUAUUUUACAUUAAUACUUUAAAUCCUUUUAGUCCAAGUGCUCUAAACUGUGUUUCUCCUUCAGAUCUGAGAUUCAGAUUUAUUCAUCAGUUUAUGCAGUGCUAACAAUCAGUUUGUACAAAGAUAAAAACUAAUCUUCUUGCUUAUGUAUCUAUCUUGUCUUGUUAGGGAGCAUCAAGCUUAUUUCACUCUUCUGUUAAAGUGAGCGCUGCUGAUGGUCUUCCUUCUGCUUAUAUCCAUGAGAUACUGACUGGACCUAUCAAUAUAUACUUUUCACUUAUAUUUGCCAAAAAAAACCCCAACCACCACCCACAAAAGCUCUGUGGAGAAUAAGUAGUUUAUUGUUCCUUUUAAAAUUGAUAUUUUUAGAGAUAAUUGUCCGUUGUUGAGAACCUAGAGUAACUGUUUGGCCAGGAUCGGAACUUGACUGUUUAGCAUCCCUGCUCCCAUCAGUUUAGAUCUGGCUUAUGAAAUCUCUUCAGUAUUUUAGUAUAACAUAAACAUCACGCUCACCUUACUGGCACACAUUUAAUCAUUAUUUUUUUUUCUUUUUCCUCUUCAGGCUUCGCUUGAUUAUUUGUAUGAAGAGAUAAUAUUUCUAAAAUGUAGUUACUGUUAGUUAUAGUAGUUAACUUUCAGUUUCCAAGAUAAUGAGAGCUAUGAGUAUGAAGCCUUAGUGUAAAAAGGGAGCACUGGGCAAACCCAAGCAGUAUCAAAUGAUUUUCAGAAAGGAGAUACACAGUUAUAGACUGUCCCAAAAGAUUUUUUAAAAGAUGGGGGGUAGGGGGUUUAUUUUGAUAAUACUGUGUUUUGAGAUAUGAUGUGUUAGUACUACAAGUACAUUUGCCAAAGGGGUGGAAGAAAGUUUAAACAGAAAUAUGUAUUUUUUUUACUUAAUUUAAAAGUAGCUUCUAUUUUGAUUCAAUUGGAAAUACGUAGAAUAAAUGAAAAUGUGUUGGAUAUGUAGAACAUUGUUUACCUGUAGAAAAUACUUAAGGUAUUAUAAGACCUGAGAUGUGUAAAGAAUUUAAUUUGUGCAUUGCUACUUCAAAAGAAGAUUUAGAAGCUGUGCCUGUUUCAUUGCAUUUAACACUACACUCUGCUAUUUUUUAGGGGUAUGGAUAUUGCCGUACUAGUCUGCCUUAAAUUUGCAUAUCAGAUGUAUUUUUAACAAAAUAGUUUAUAUACAACUUUUGUACUACCAAGCAGUAAAUAAAAAAAUAUUGAUUCUUAA